AUGUCCCGACUCUACAUUGAUAUAGCAUUAUGCUUGAUUAAACUCGUAAUAACAGCAUUUGACGUCUUCACUUUACCAUUGUAUGCAGUUUUGCAGAGGCCUUGGAAAUACUGGAAAAAUAAGGGGCUGCGCUUUGGGAUUCAACUAGAUCCGGGCAACCCGGGAUCUCCGUGUGUCAAAGCGGAGACGAGCAGAGUGGACAGACUUUUAGAUAUCAGGACAAUGGAUGAGCUGAUGAGAGCGGCCUUCAACAAGUUCAGCGACCGACCGUGCUUGGGUACACGUCCUGUCCUAGCAGAAAGCGAAGAAAUGAAGGACGGAAAAGUUUUGAAAAAGUUGUCCCUUGGUGACUACGAAUGGAUAACGUUCAGUAAUGUGGACUGCAAGGUGAACCUGAUUUGUCGAGGUCUGAUGGCUGUCGGUAUAAGGCCGCGUAAAUACUUGGCCGUCCUUGCCGAAACCAGACAAGAGUGGAUUCUCACUGCGAUGGCUUGUUUUCGCCUCAACGUACCAUUGGUGACGCUGUAUGCAACAUUGGGUGAAGACGGUAUCAUUCGAGCUCUCCAGGACACUGAAGUAAGUCACCUCGUGACUUCUUAUGACCUAAUGCCAAAGAUUGCUAGCAUCGUACCCAAGACACCUUCACUAACGCAUGUCAUAUAUAUGGAAAGUCCAACGCCAAAGAAACUGGUGGUAGAACCUGAUAGGGUAAAGAUCAUUCCAUUUUCUGAGCUAGAAAAACUCGGCAAAACGUCAAAAACGCCUUCAAAUGGAGUGGCACCCACGGCAGAUGACAUUGCAAUUAUUAUGUACACAAGUGGUGCCACCGGCAUUCCCAAGGGUGUGAUGGUUACCCAUAAAAACAUAGUUUCUACCGUAAAGGGUCUCAGUGUCAAUUGCCAAGAGCAAGGCGGUAGUAACAAUGAUGCGUACAUUGCCUACCUACCUCUCGCUCACAUCAUGGAGCUCUUAACCGAGUGUCUCUCUAUUGGGCUGGGAGCCAAAGUAGGUUUCUCCUCUCCCCUAACCCUAACCGAUAAAUCAACUGGAUUGCAGCCCGGAAUUCCAGGGGACGCAACCUUACUUCAACCUACCGUCGUUGUGUGCCCACCACUCAUUCUUGACCGCAUUCGCAAAAGCAUAACAGAAAUAGCGGCGUCCAAGGGACCCUUCUUCGCCCGCGUGUUUGAGUACGCUGUUGCAUACAAAUGCUUCUGGUUGCGGCUCGGUUUCAAUACGCCGAUUCUCAAUAGAUUGGUGUUCAACAAAAUGCGCGCUUUGCUGGGAGGACGAUUCACGAUGGUGGGCACUGGAUCUGCUCCACUUGCUGUGGAUACAGACGCGUUCAUCAGGGCGUGCCUCGAUUGCUGUCCUGUGGGAGGCUAUGGUCUUACGGAGACUGCUGGUUCUGCCACACUCAAGGACAUGGACGAUCAGAGUUUCGGGCGAGUCGGGUCGCCGAUUCUCGGUAGCUACGUCAAAUUGGUCAACUGGGACGAAGGCGACUAUCGCGUCUCCGACAAACCACAUCCUAGGGGCGAGAUAGUAGUUGGCGGAGAUUGCGUGACGCAAGGAUAUUUUAAAAAUGAGACUCUUACCAAGGAGUAUUUCAAGAAAGAGGACGGCAUGCAAUGGUUCUACACCGGAGACAUCGGGGAAUUGUACCCUGACGGCACCUUCAGUAUCAUCGACCGUAAAAAGGACCUGCUGAAGCUUCAGCACGGAGAAUAUGUAUCUCUGGGAAAAGUUGAGACAGAGCUUAAGACAUGCCGGUUGGUGGACAACAUAUGCGUUCACGGUAAUUCUUACGAAUCGUAUCUAGUUGCUCUUGUGGCACCUAACCCAGUCCAAUUAAACAAACUGGCUUUGCAGGAAAAAAAGAACGACUUGAGUUUUAACGAACUUUGCAGAGAUAAAUUGAUUACUAAACUUGUUGGUGACGCUAUUACUGAGCACGGACGUCGGGCUCAUCUGCACAAAACAGAAAUACCUGCUAAAGUUAAACUGUGUGCUGAGGACUGGCAGCCGGACACUGGUCUCGUGACGGCGGCCUACAAGAUUCGAAGGCGAGAAAUCGAAAAAUUCUAUCGCAAUGAAAUCAACGAGAUGUAUGGGAUGAACAAGUUUCCUUAAAGAAAGUGACGAGCUAGGUAUCAGCCAGUUUGUAUAUAUUUAUAGAAAGGUUCGAACACGAUCAAGUGGUGUGACAAUAAUCUCCCGUACUUAAGACUUUCGGAAUUUUGUGUGCGUGUAUUGAAAUAUGUAAAGCUCAAUCAAUCUAUACGUCAAUGAGAAAAAUGUUAAUAAUCAAACAAACCAACUGCCGCAAAGUCUUAAAUUGUGUCGAUCAUAAAAAUGUUUUUGCUUUAACAAGAUUUUCUUAUGAAUACGCUGGUUGUUUUUUCCUUUAAUGUUUUUGGUAAAACUGUGAUCAAUGUGCUGAUCCUUAAGCUUCGUUUCCACUGUUUUAUAUUUGUUUAUUUUCAAAGUCCUUUGUUUCACUGCUGUCAUAUUUAUUUGGCCUCAUUGAACGUGCGUUCCAGAAAAUACUGAUAGUCAUUUUUGGAGACUCCUGUGGCUAGAGCACCUACGUGUAUAUCAGGGCCGUUCAAUUGAGUUUCGGUUUUUGUAAAUAAUAAAGCAACCACAAACAUUG